AUGUCUUCAGCAAUGCCAAUGUCUUCGGCCACGUCUUCGAGAGUAUUGACAGAAAAUGACAUUCCCGGUUCUUCUUUUGGUGGUAAACUUCCGGCAUUAUUUAAAAAGGACGAGCUACGUUUCUGGCUAAAAUGUCGGGGCGACUCGUUAAAAGGUCUUAAGACGAAAGCUCAAUACGUUAAAAGGUACAGUGUGUAUAUCUACUGUUUAGUCCUGCAGGUCUACACCUUAAUAACAAGAAACAAACAAGUUGUUUAUGUAGUAUUACGCUAUAUUAAGUUAUUAACAACUAAAUUAAACAUAAAUUUUAUAUUACCAAAUUAAACUCAGGCUCAGCGUACAAUUUUCAUACAUAUUUAUUUGUUUGUUGUGAUACAACUUAAUAUCGCUGCCAGUUUUCAAUAAACUAGGCGCGUAUAUUUUUACGUUUCAUUCUGAAAGGACAAACUCACAAAUAUUAAAAUUUAAUAAAUCCUAAUCCAAAAUGUAUUCAAUUUUUUAAAUUUAAAUGAAUGACCUUGGAAAGGUCGUCGCGACACAGUUUUUACCUUGAGUUGACCUUGUCUUGACAGAACAAAACACAAAAGUUGCAUUUUGAAAAAUCGAAACUGUUUAUUCAAACUUUCUGUUUAAUUCCGCACAUAGUCCAGUAAAUUCUUAGUUCUACAACUAAAAUCCCCAGAAUAUUUCAAAUAUCUAAUUCUUGUUUUUUAAGAGUUGAAGCGUAUAUCCAGUCAGGACGUGAUAAGUUUAUUACUGACCCGGACAAAGACCAAAUUUACACAAAGAGGAAACAACGCCGACUUAUAUUAGACGAACAGUCAAACAAAAAACAACUGAAUGGAACGACAGUUUACCUGUCCCUUGGUUGGUCGAAAGACCUCAAACGAAUGCCGUUUUUUACCAGGGCUGAAAUGAAUUUAUUUAUCGUAAAUUCCGGCAAAAACCUAACACACACUCCAUGCGUACAAAGUAACUUUAGGAAAGCAACAACAUUUUUACAUGAAGAAUAUUUGAAAAAUAUAUUUUCCAGCACUGACGAAAAAUACUUCUAUUUCAAAGCACAAUGUCACCAUAGUUUUAAGAAGAACGAUCCACCACAUGAAUUAAAAAUUGCCUUAUGUCUCAUUACUGGCAAUGUUAAAAAUGCUCAAUGUUCUUGUGUGGCUGGCAAAGUAGGCUUUUGUAACCAUGUUCUAGCCCUAAUGAUGAAGCUUUGCAAAUUCAGUUUGUACAACUGUGUUACUAUUAAUGAACUUGACAAUGAAAUUGACAUGCAACCACAGUAUUCUUGCACUUCCAAGCUACAGCAAUGGCAUCACAAAACCAGAGGAGAUGACAUUAAACCAGAACCUGUGAUGAAUAUCAUGGUUAACAAACCUACCACCAUGUCAGAUAAACCAGAAACAUCCAGAGGAGUUAGAUGUCAGUUGUACGAGGCACGAAACAAUCUAAAAAGGCAAACAACAGAUGAGAUAAAGUUUAAGUCUGCACUGCACAACAUCAACCAUUGCAUUCCACUAGCCACAAUUAUGCAACCCGAAAACAAUAGCUAUAUCCACACAAAGUUUGGUGAGAGCCCUGAAGGUUCUUAUGCAAGUUAUCAACUCAGUAUAACUGAGCACAAUUUUGAAGUUUGUUGCAGCACCGACUCAGUUCCUCGAUCACUAAACACUGUUUCACUAAAUUCUCCAAUACCGGGAUAUCCUUCAUUUCCUAUUUCAGACAUGCAGACACCAACUACAUAUACAACUGCCUCGUCUUUGGGUAAGGAAGAAAAACAAUUACUAGAGCACCUGACUUGUGAUUGCAACAAAGUAAAUGAUAUUGAAACCCAGACAAGGGACCAAGCUGAAUCUCAAGAGUGGGUUAACCAACGAAAAUUUCGAAUAACUGCUUCAAACUUUGGCUUGGUAAAAAACAGAAAAAGAAAUCAUGAAAAUUUAGUUACAAAUCUCAUAAACCCCAAGUCGUUUACAUCAAGGCAUACCAUGCAUGGCAAGAAAUAUGAAUCAGUUGCAAUACAGCAAUAUGAAAAGUAUAUGAGAGAUAGCCGUAAUCCUGUCACUGUUCAAAGAUCUGGUUUCGUGGUAGACUUGGACAACCCAUUUUUAGGGGCCUCACCAGAUGGAAAAGUAAUCGACUAUGGUUGCAGUGAGAUGUAUGGUAUUUUGGAAGUUAAAUGUCCAGAAACCAAAUUUCAAGUCACACCCCUAGAUGCAUGUUCUGACCCAGCUUUUUACCUUGAAAAUAUAGAUGGGAUGCCAAGGCUUAAACACAAUCACACAUAUUAUGACCAGGUUCAGGGUCAGUUAGGCGUUACUAAAGAUAAAUGGUGCGACUUUGUUGUUUAUACAAACAAAGGGAUGUGCAUUAAACGUUUUAGAUUGAAUGAAAGCUAUUGGUCUGAACUAAAGCACAAGUUAAGAUGCUUUUAUUUUGAAAAAUUUCUACCAAUAGCAGCAAUUGAAUUCACUAAGUGA